AUGGCCUGCACGACAGGGGGGCCACGACCGUCGGCCGGAAUUGAGAGCAUGCCCGACGAGCUGAUCAUUGCGAUUCUCCAUCUGGUGCCGACGGUGGACAUUGCCCGCACGGUGCAGCGGCUCGCGCGGCGGUUUUACCUGCUCAGCAACGAGCCGAAGCUCUGGCUGGCGCGCUGCCGGACGGACUUUGUGUACUGGACGGCGGAGAAGCGCGUGCGGCUGGACAAGGCCGGGCGGGCCAACACGGGUUCGUGGAAGCAGAUGUGGCUCAACCGGCAGCGCGGGGACGUCAAGUCGGCGCGGCACUUUGAAAAGGUGCUGCUGUCCAAGAAGCUGCGCAUGGCGCACCUGGAGGCGAUCUGUCGGCGCGGGCUCGAUGCCAAAGACUUUCUGCUGACGCAGUGCAGCGCGCCAGACGGAGACGACGUGCUGGCGCGGCGGUACUUUGCGCAGUCGGCGCUCUCGAGCAUCAACCGCGGGCUGGCCGUGGAGGAGUGGUGCAAGGUGCAGGUGCAGAUCGAGGGCUUUGGCCGUCUCGACCGGGCCCUCGGUGCCUUUGACAUGUUUGUGCUGCACGACGGGGACGAGGACAUGGACGGGAUCGAACGGAUGCUCGACGGACUGGCCGACGAGUUCCGGGCCGCGAACCCACGCCUAGCCACGAUGACGACGCGACAGACAGCUCUGGCUCUGCUGCAGUGGGUACGGUCCAAGGACCUGGUUGGGCUGGCACACUCGGCACGCUGCUUCCGAAACGUACGCAACUGUCUGAUCGGCCACGCGCUGACCGAGCCGGGGCACCCGUCGCUGCCGAUCGUGUCGAGCGUCAUCUACACGAGCCUGGCCACGCGCCUGGGGCUGCAGGCGUACUGCUGUGCGGUGCCGGGCCACGUGUACAGCACGGUGUUGGCGCGACGGGGCUCGACGGUAGACGGGACGCCGGUGGCCGAGGCCGUGUUGACGUCGACGUCUCCAGGCAUAUCUCCGGCCACGGCCACGGAUUCGGGGCCGGUCCUGGCCGACAACGGCGAGCGCAUGUUUCUAGACCCGUACAGCCACGGACAGGAGGUGCGGCUGGAGGCACUGCGCAGCACGAUCGUGCAGCUGGUGUGGGGAGCCGUGACGGAGAGCCGGGACAGCUUUCUGUUGCCGGCGCCGACCUCGGCGAUUGUGCUGCGGGUGGCACUCAACCUGGAGGCCAGCUAUGCGCAGGCGCGCGAGGUGAUGCCGGUGCUGGGCCACCACGACCAGGAGCACGUGGCAGCGGCACUGCAGCAACAGCAGCAGCAGCAGCAGCAGCAGCAGAGCCGCGAGCUGCUCUGGCUGCGGCGCGGCGACGAGGAGGCCAAUCUGGAGGCACUGCUGUACGCGACCACGUGGGUGGCCGUGUUGAUGCGGCCGAUCAGCAGCAUUGGCUGGCGGCGUCAUGUGGACCUGCUGCUGGCCCGUCUGGCCCGCCGCUACGGCGAGGACGCCUGGAUCGUCGAGCGCUAUCUGGUGCCGCUGUUCGACCGCCAUCAGCAGUAUCAGCGUCAGCUGCGCCAGCUGUAUGACUAUCCGCGGCGGGGCCUUUGGUCGGACGACGAGGACGAGGACCGAGGCCAGCACAACCAUCGCCGGUCGUCUCCCGAGAGCACCGGCGACUGGACCGAUCCCCGCGUCAUGGUCCGGCUGAUCCGCAAUCUCGACCAGCGGCUGCCUGAAGCCAGUCGACGCUACACCCAGGAGAUUUGUGCCAGCGUGCGCUAUCGUGUCGGUCAGGUCUUCCGCCAUCGCCGCUUCGGCUUUGUCGCCAUCAUCAACGGCUGGACCCUCAAUGAGUCCGGCCCGACGGCCUCACGGCGACCGGCAGCUGCAGCCGUGGCUGCCGUGGCAGCCAAGACACCUCCGGCCCACAACCGCCCGAAGCCUGCAUUUUACACCUGUCUGCGCGUCGGCGAUGACCGCUACGUGGUCGAGCAGAACAAUGUGGACAUCCUCACGGAUGCGUCGCAGAUCCCGCACGAGCUCUUCUUCCUGGCCGGCCAGCACUUUAAGCGGUUCGACGUGGACACGUGCACGUUUGUGUCCAACAUCCGGGAGUUUUUUCCAGAUGACUAA